GCGCGCGGUAGUUCGGUUUUGCGAGGGGACGGAGGAGCUCCCUAUGAGAGUAACGGAAGAGAGUCUCGUCGAUUGGCUGGGCUUGCCAACCUACCCUGGAAAUCGUUGGACACGUGGUAUCUCUCCCUCGAGUGCAUCGGUGGUUGGUUUGGGAUGGACCGAGGCCGGCGGGACGAUGCUGGAAGUAGAGUGCCUGCCGAGCUCAGAGUGGUUGAUAACGGGGCAGGUGGGAGUGACGCUGCAGGAGACUGUCAGGAUAGCGGCAAGUUGGAGCAAGAUCACUAA